GCGGGGAGGGACGCCCUUGAAACUGCUCUGACGGGAAAGGAGACUAAAGACUUCGUUAGCCAGAGGGGGGCAGAAGCACCUCACUUUUGCUCCCCUCGGCAAAGGCAGCGCGGGGCGGGGCGGGGCGACGAGCAAUAACUGGCCCCAGAAGUGAAUGGGCUCCGGCGGUUCGGAGGCUCCUGUCACCUGUAAGGCCGCCAGAGGAGAGACGGCGUGGGCGAGCGCUUGUCCCGCCAGAAUGUUGUUGGGCCUCACGGACUGCGUGCUAGAGCUACUAGCACUGGAGAAGACCCCAUUCCGGACCCUGGCUAUCUCCAGUCUAUGCCUUUCCUUGCUGGCUUUGUUCCUCCAUCUCCUCUGGAGGACCUUGGGCUCCUGCUACCGUUUUUAUGUCAACAGUCAGAGACUGCGCUGUUUCCAAGAACCUCCGCGCCCAAACUGGCUUCUGAGGCAUUUACACCUCGUUGACACCAACGAGGAGGGAAUGGUUGAAGUGGUCCGGCUGGUAAACACCCUCUCCCCUGCAUUUCUGACAUGGAUGGGGCCCUUCCUGCCUUUUGUGAGCUUGGUUCACCCUGAUUAUAUCAAGCCAGUUUUGACAGCUUCAGCUGCUAUUGCUCCCAAGGACCAGGUCUUCUAUGGCUUUUUGAAGCCCUGGCUGGGAGAUGGACUUCUUGUGAGCGGUGGGAAGAAGUGGGCACGACAUCGACGCAUGCUUACUCCUGCCUUUCAUUUUGAUAUUCUGAAGCCUUACAUUAAAAUCUUCCAACAGAGCACAGAUAUCAUGCAUGCCAAAUGGCGCAGGCUUACCUCAGCGGGGCCUGCCUGCCUUGACAUGUUUGAACAGAUCAGCCUCAUGACUCUGGACAGCUUGCAGAAAUGUGUCUUCAGCUAUAACAGCAACUGUCAAGAGAAGCCGAGUGACUAUAUUGCAGCCAUCUUAUUGCUCAGCUCCCUUGUUGUCCGGCGUCAGCGUCACCCGCUCCACCAUUUGGAUUGGCUCUACUACCUGACAGCUGACGGCCGCCGCUUUCGCGAUGCUUGUGACACUGUCCACCAUUUCACAGCCAACGUGAUCCAGCAGCGACGUCUGGCACUUAAUCAACUGGGACAUGAUGCCUGGCUCAAAUCAAAGCAGGGCAAAACUGUGGACUUCAUUGAUGUCCUUUUGCUGGCAAAGGAUGAAGAUGGACAACAUUUGGCUGAUGAAGACAUUGCUGCUGAGGCAGAUACCUUCAUGUUUGAGGGCCAUGACACUACAGCUAGCGGCUUGUCCUGGGUGCUGUACAAUCUAGCUCGACACCCCAAAUAUCAAGACCAGUGUCGGGAGGAGAUCAGGGAUCUGUUGCAGGGCCGGGAUGUGGAGGAGAUUGAAUGGGAAGACCUCUCCCGGAUGCCCUUCACCACCAUGUGUAUUAAGGAGAGCUUGCGCCUCCACCCACCAGUCACAGUCAUUUCUCGACGCUGCACUGAGGAUAUAAAGCUACCUGAUGGGCGGGUUAUCCCCAAAGGGAACAUUUGUCUCAUCAGUAUCUUCGGGACCCAUCACAAUCCUGCGGUCUGGCCAGAACCUGAGGUCUAUAAUCCAUACCGCUUUGAUCCUGCGAACUUGAAGCAGCAGUCUCCCUUGGCCUUCGUGCCCUUCUCAGCAGGACCAAGGAACUGCAUUGGGCAGAACUUCGCCAUGUCAGAGCUGAAGGUGACCCUAGCCCUGACGUUGCUGCGAUUUGUUGUACGGCUAGAUGAGAGCCAGCCGGUGCGGCGUAAACCAGAACUAAUCCUGCGGGCAGAGAAUGGGUUGCAACUGCAGGUGGAGCCACUGCGUGCCACGCCUUGAUGAGGAGCCACAUGGUCACAAACACCUGUGACUUGAAAUUUCUGAUCAUUCCAAUCAUUUCUGGAAUGUGCAGAGAGAUGUGGUGGUCAGAAAAGCUCUCUGGGUCAAGUGAAUAGGAGAAAAGGGCUAUAUUGCAUCCGCAUCAACUGUUCUUCCACCAUGAUGUCUUCUUUGCCAUUCUGUCUGGGUAUUAUGAAACACAAAAAGAGAUAUUGUGAGAUUAAAGCGUGACAUACUUUGACCAUCAUAUGUGGUUUGACAUCGUUUUAUGUCGUGAUUGUACUCGCUAUGUAGUGGUAGCCUGAGGUCUCCAGUCUAACUGUGAGCCUCUGUUUUCUGUCUUGAAAAGGAACACUUAAGGGAAAUAGACCAAAACAUGUUUUUGCCUCAUCUCCCCCUCCACCCAGUGAUUCUUCCAAGUUAAACAUUUGACUAUAUAAAAAGAAUAUUAAUGAUCCCAAAGAUUUUUCUUAAAUAUGGCUGUCUU